AUGUCUUCUUCUACUUCAGAACGUGCAACUGCACUCGUACAGUGGGCAACUUCAAACGGCGCCACCAUCAACCUAUCAGUCCAAGUCUCUCACCUACCAGAAACAGGCCUUUCAUUCUGUGCAACAGCAUCUACAUCGCCCUUUGACACAAUCGUCAGCAUCCCUCCCUCUCUAACUCUCUCUUACCUCAACACUCUUCCCGGACGCGACGAUCCUAAGCCUUUUAGUUCAAACUUUCUGGCCAAGACUCCACCUCAUGUCAUUGGACGCUUCGUUCUCAUCAAGCACUUUCUUCUCAAAGAGUCUUUCUGGACGCCGUAUAUACAGGCUCUCCCACAGCCAAACGACGUUGAUUCUUGGUCUCUGCCGCCUUUUUGGCCUGACGAAGAUGCAGAGUUAUUCGAGGGGACGAACAUCGAGGUUGGUGUCGCCAACAUCAAAGCUAAUGUGAUGCGCGAGUUCAGAGCGGCUUGUGAUCUUUUGGACAGGGAUGAUUGGGAGCCUGAAUUUCUGAAAAACUUUACUCUACCUUUGUAUCAGUGGGCGUACAGCAUCUUUUCCAGCAGAAGUUUCCGACCAAGUCUUGUUCUCGGACCAGAGGACCAACAGCGUCUCCCUGAAGGUGUCAAACUAGACGACUUUUCUGUCCUCAUGCCCCUCUUUGAUGUGGGAAACCACGACAUGACCACUCAAGUACGAUGGGAGCGCGAUGAGAAGAGUAGCGACUGCAGUCUCAAGGUUGGAAAGGCGUACCAAGCGGGAGAGCAGAUCUUCAACAACUACAGCAUGAAGACAAACGCUGAGCUGCUGCUCGGUUACGGAUUCAUGCUCCCAGAGACAGAAGAGCUACACAACGACUAUGUCCACGUGCGAAAGCGCCAACCUGCUCAAGGCGAAGCUACAGAAGAGUACUACAUCUCCCUCCGCCCCAUCCGACACUCUAGCUCCCUCCUCGCACGAACCAAGCAAGCCGUCCAACUAGAUGAAUCGACGUCUGUCAUCGGCGUCUUCCAGCACGUUCAGCACGACAUGGUAUGGGAUAUCUUUUGCACACUUGCACCACCUGAGCAGCGCGCACAGUUCAUCUGCGAAGGAUCAGAGCAAGAGCAACAGAACAAGUUCUUCAGCGGACAGGUUACUGAGGAUGGACGGAUGUUUAUGCAGCAGACGGCAGCUAUUAUUCAACAUAAGGUUAUGCAGGAGCUGGAGAGGUUGUUGGAGACUGAUGUGGAGGUUGUUGGUGGAGGGGAUUUGACAAGAAAUCAACAGUUGGCGCUGGAUUAUAGAGCGAGGUGUAAAAAGGUUCUUGAGAAUACUCUUGAGGCUAUGGAUAUGGAUGAGUUGUUUGGUGAGGAUGAGGAGGAGUAG